GGGGCCUUGUGUGUGGCCUUGUGUCUGGGUUCACAUCCUCCUCCAUCCAGAGCAUGGGUUGACUCAGCUGUAGCAGACAGCAGAAGUCUGGCUGACAGGUGCCCUGGGAGGGACCAUGGUGCCGAGGCAGUUGUGGGGAAAACUGAAGCAGCCGUUUCUCUUCCUGAGCAGCGCCUCGCUCCUCCUGGGGCUGGCUUUACUGGUCAUCCAGCCUGAUGUGGCCCCUGCUUCUUAUUUCUUCCUCUGCUUGGCUGGCUUCUGCUUUCUGGCCUGCCUCCUGGCCUGCGUUGUGGAGCGGGGCCUCCAAUCCAGGCAGCGCUCAAGGCAGACUGAGAAUCCAGAGGCCUCGGUCAGUGCACGGGACAAUGCAGCUUUUGAGGUGCCAACCUAUGAGCAGGCGGUGGUGGUGAUGGACUCACAAUCACAGCCCCACCUCCAAGAGCUGGAGCAACCACCCCCUUACAACAGUGUUGUAAUAUCCCCAGGAGCUGAGGGGGGGCAGCCUAGCCAGCUCGAGAGGCCCAGCCCAGGAAGGCUGAAAAGGCGAGUGGGCUCCGAGGGGACAAUGACUCGCAGAGGAAACCCUGGAAGACCUCUUCGACUUAGGGGUCCACGCGUUGUGUCCACUGCUCCUGAUCUGCAAAGCUUGCGGGUGGCCCCCAAAUUGGAGCCCGCUACUCCACCACCUGCCUACGAAGUCUGUUUUGUUCACCCGGACGAUGACAAUGUUUUCUAUGAAGAUAAAAGGAUACUUCCCUAAGCGAUGCUCUCAGAACCUGUCGUUUCUGCACUCAUUUGCCCAGCAUGUCCUAAUAUCUACUACAUCAGAAACUGGUUUGGCCCGGACAUCACAAAUGGGACCUUCAAACCAGCGGGGAGUCAGGCUACGGCAAGUCCUUCCCAGUUGAGACACAGGUGGCACACCUGGAUUCUUCUGGAAACAUUCUGGAGCCUACCUGAUGACCAGCAUUUCCAGAGUAAGGUGAAAGAGGAGAGAGAGGUGAUAAAGAGAACCUGGAGCGGCACCUCGGAGUGACAGUUGUGCUUCAUCAAGCCUCGUUUAGAUUCCUGGUGGGGUAUAUUACCUACUAGGGAGAGUCUAAGAGUGAGGGGAGCUGGGAUGGUUUGCACAAGAACGGGAAGCUAGUAAAACCAUCAAGAGUCAAAUCCCAAUUCCAGUGCCUAUUGUUUUCAAUACCAACUGGGCAAUCCACGCGACUUGAUAAUCUCGUCUUGGGACAACUGGUAGAGAGAGAGAGAGAGAGAGAUCUAAAUACAGACAGAACGGGAGGCCACAUAGGGUAGGAUAAGUGCGGCCAAGAGCACCCCCAGCUUCGGAGAAGCGCGCCUUCUAGUGCUUCCCAUUUUCCGUGCACCCCGACCCUGGAAGUUCUAGGCGAACAAUGAGG